CCUGGACACAAAAAUAUUAAAGAAAGCUGUCGCUCUCAAUGGAACCUUGAUAAUGAGAAAUCUUUGUCGUAAGUAUGGCGACCCCACAACACAGUCGCAAGACUUCAAGUCGAGCCGCGCUUCCACGGCGGACGACCAAAGGACCGCUCGAUGCUCCUGAUGACCCUCUCUCAAGCUCUGAACUAGCCGCAGCAUUGACCGCUUCUCAGCGAGUAUCAGAUUCACACGAUGAUAUAGCCGAGUCAUUGGCCCCAAGUCAGUCUCAGCUACCGUCAAAAGACCAGCAGCCGCGAGAUUCAGCGUCCGAAGAAGACCUAGCGGCAGACGAAAGAGAUGUCUCUUUCCUUCUAGACGCAUCUAUAUAUCACCCGCUGUCUCAAUUGGAGGUUCCGGGACCAUUUAGGAAGCCAUUCCUUCCUCCUCCUACGGCAGAUACUAUCGACCGAUCUUUCGAACAGCUCGACGCACUGCUCUCUCAGUGUGACUUCCUUCGAGCGGCACAGCUUGCAGGGACCAUACUGACAUCGGGACUACUACGACCGACAGACACCAAAACAGUGUUUCGACUACUGGCAGUACGCUAUUCUUGCCUGGAAUUAUCGGGGAAUCUGCCGCUCGCCGCACAAGAAGCCAAGGCUCUCGAAGACUUAAGCUCGACGUUCUACUAUGAAGAUCCCGAUCCUAAGAAUGAUGACGAAGAGGUCGAGGGGCAACACAAGGUACCGCGCCAUAUUAUGCCGUUCCCCUUACGACUGCAGGCCCUGCGUCUACAGAGUAUUGGCUUCUCCGAUCCUCGCAGGGGAGUAACCACACUGUACGAUAUUGCAUUCGAAUGCAGGGAGCAUUUAUCUGCAUCAACCACCCCUUUGGGCGACCGAAAGCUGUGGACACAGAGAUUACAGGAAGUGUCGAUGCGAGUGGUGAAUGCCUUGAUCGAAAUGGGGGAGCUGGACUGCGCUGCCCGCACGGUCGAGAGCAUGGAGCCAUCUGACUCCGAGAGCAAAGCUCUUUGGCUGCCGCGAAUGGUCCUGCUUCGCAUCAAGAUGGGUGACCUUGCACAAGCGCACGAGCUGAUCGAGUCCUCGGGCUCUGGGGCUGAUGACAAGCUCGCGCUCGAGUCGCUACUUGCUAUCGCUGAAGGUCGAUAUGACGAUGCUUCAAGGAUGCUCUCUGCAUGCGGAGCGGGAGCUGACCCGACUUUGAAAGGUCUCUUGAAACAAAGUCUCGCGGUAGCCCAUCUAUACAGGGGUGAAGUGACGAUAUCGAAGCGGAUCCUGGAGGAAUUGGUCGAUGAAGGAUACUCCUUCCAAUCCCUAACCAUCAACCUUGCUACCAUCUACGACCUGACUUCCGACAAAGCCCGUGAUCUAAAAAUGUCGAUGAUCUCGCAGAUCGCUAAGCAACAUAAGGAUGCAAGUCAACUGCGAUAUUUCACGAACGCCGACUUCAAAUUAUGAUUGCAUCCUUCUCAUAUACACAUUGAUCCCAUAACGCCAUGUCGAUAGUCGAAAGCCUUUAGCAGUCCCUUCAAAUGUGACAUUGCUGCUAGCACAAUCAGAACGUGGAAGAUCUGAUGAGAGCUUCCUAAUGUGUCGAAUUUGCCGGGGUACCAAGCUUCUGGAAUGCGAGCCUGCCUAGUUCAGCAAUAGCACGGAAGUCAAGAGUGUAACUCACAGCGUAUAGGCCAGCACCGAAAAUGUAGAGGGCGCCUUGCAAUACCAACCACGACAGGCCCAUCUGUUUUUCCAUGGCUUGCAGGCCGAAGGUCUUGAGGCCGUCCAAGACUGGAAAUACCGCAGAUAUGCCCAUGCCAACGAACAUCAUCGCCCUAUACGGUCGCCAUGCCGGCGUUCGGAACUUCGGAAGGACAGAUACUGCGGUACAGGCGAUACCCAGGGAGCCGAUCUCGUCUUCAUCAGCAACAGCCAUAUGAGCGAGACAGAGUUGCCUUACCAUAGACCAAUAAAUCCACUGUCUGUCUGGAUGGCACCAGAAUCCGUAGUACACACUUGGGACGAACGAGCCCGCGAUCAGCAAGGAUAUGCCGGCAUAGUCGAAUUGAUUCCACAUUCGAGCGACUGGCGGCGAAUGGUUGGAGACAGCAUGAUAGGUGGCGCUGAUUCCCAGGCAAAAAGCGGCUCCCACGAAGAAGCAGCUCAUGGCGAACACGUCACCCGCAGAUGCCCGUUCAUAACGUGGUUCGAGGAUUUUGUACAAAAUAGCACCCAGCGGCAAAGCCAGGGUCCCAGGGACGAGAUGAGACCAAAUAUUAACACUCUCGUUAUGCCAGUGAAAUAUACUUUGCAGAGAUCUGGAGUAGC